UGUGUGUGUGUGUGUGUGUGUAGGGGGGGCUGUAUAAAAACUGACACAGCACAAGUGGUGCUUUAUCCACCCUGUCCCGCUCUGGGUAAGAGGAAACCCUAAAGUGCUCAGGCUCAACCAGCUCUAGCCUUUUCUUUCUCAGUCUUUUCACUCACACCCAUCGGACGUGUGCACAGGACGAGAAUGGCAGCAUCAUCCGUACAGAGAAUAAACGGCCACAGCAAAACGUUGGCGUUUUCUUUGCUUCUCAUCGCCUCACUCUUAAAUGCAGGAGUCAUAGCAGAGGAGGAAGAGGUUGUCACAGGGACGUUGCCAACUGUGAAAGCAGAUGCAUACGUACGAGGUGACAUGAUUCCAAUGACUACUACAGCUCCCGAGUUGGAUGAGCCACAAGGCCAAGUCCUGGUUUUACCUACUGUGGGACCUCUAGAACAAACUGAACAGACUACAGCAGCAACAGCUACAGAAGACAAAGGAGACGAUAACAACAGUGGCCCUGCAGCUCCAAUAGAGGCAACUGAUGACAACUCUGCGUUCACAGUUGUGGGAUAUACUGAUAUACUCAAAUUGUUCCAACCAGAAACCCCAGCAUCUAUACCAGCAUUUAUACCAGCCAGAGGAGACGGCCCCAACAAUGUACCACAGCCGGUGCCAAAGGAGGAUGUUAUCUGUGUCACCAAAGAGGCGGUCCAGGACAAAAACGCUGUCAGUCUAAAACUCAAGGCCUCCUCCAACUGUGAAGAAACCAAAGUGAAGUUUGAAAGUGUUCUGCAGGAGCUGUGUGGUGAAGACUGUAAACUAGAGAUCUUCCAGGAGGACAACUCCGACAAAAUUCUUGUAUCCGGAAAGUAUGUUGAAGCUGAUGUUGCCGGCAUGGCUGACAAGUUCAACAAUGACAACAUCAAAGAUAAGACCGAUGUGGAGGAGGCUGUUCCUCGUUGGGGGAAAAACUCUAAGUUGGUACUCGUUUCCUUGCUGCUGACCGGCCUGCUGCUGGCUGCACUGCUGGUAGCUGGUUAUUACCUCAAGACCCACCGCAAGAAGUCUAAAGGAGUCAGACUGGCUGAAUCUUUCCAGGUAGACGAGGAGAACCAGGCCAAUACCCUGGUGUCUGUGGCUCCCCUGCCCCAGGAGCCCAUCGACAAGCCAACCGUCAACGGCGAAUCCCCAGCAGAAAAUGGGACCAACCCUGCCCCCACCACUAAUGGACACUCUGCCAGCCAGACCCCAGUGGCUGACACAGAGAUGUGAAUCGUGACACCCCAGACCUCCUGUUCAACCCAUCACCCACUGGGACACACUACCCAAGCCCCUCUGCCUCAGAGACUGUCCACACACUGAGACAAAUUCAACAUGAAUCCACCAAAUACAUUCACCUCCUCUUCUUCUCCUCAACCUGCACCUCUUGGGAUGAUGACGACAAUGACAAGGAUGAAGCUCAUGACUACAAUGACGAUAAUGACAAUGCCUGUAAUGUGAAAAGUUUGGGAUCACUGGCAUUUGCUGGUGUCAGGAGGAGCCUCCAGUACAUAUGUUGUGUUUGGGACUGAGACUGCUCAGCAGGGCACUGACUCGGAUUUGUUAGCUGCUCUGACUUCAGUCCAGUUGUAACAAUCAUUGUAGAAUCACUAAAUAAUGCCAAAUAUGUGCAGUUGUUCCCAGACGAAGAAGCAGAAAAUGCUCUAAUAUUUCCAUCCACAGCUGUGGUGCAAUGAAACCAAAUGGUGCCAGGCAGUUGAAAAGAGACCGGGUUUUGUACUGUUGUAAAAAGGACUGACGCUCACUGCUUGAUUGUUUUUUCUUUCCUACGUGAUUCAGGAAAUGUUUUUUUUUGUACCCUCUAUGUAGUCUCUAUUUGCCUUAACCCUGUUAAGAUUUGUUAAUUGUGAGACGGGCAAAAAAAAAAGAAGAGAAUAAAAGAGAUCCAUUGAGUUUGAAUUUACUGAACGUUGGCUCUAUUUUCUCACAGGCUGUCAAACUGCAUGAAUAUGGAAAAAAAUGACAAACAUGCAACAAGCAUGUUCUUUGGUUUUACUGAGGUAUGAAAUAAUGCUACCAAGCUACUCUUAACAUGGAUGGAAACAUCAGAUGAAAAGUAUUAGUAGGCUAUUAGCCUCAACGUUUUAGACUGGUAGUUUAACUGGGAUAGGUUGCAAAGUACAUUUCUAUUUUUGUGGUGAUUUUCAUAUUAGUGUACAGUUUUAUUUGUUUUUGUUUUUGUAAAACAAUGCUUAUACUCUUACUGUCUUUGGGAAUGGUGAAGCGUAGCAACAUUUUUAAAUUCAAAAAAAGAAAAACACAAAAUGGAUUAGGAAAUUUCGAGUUGCAGAGCUAGUAAACAAUAUCACUACCACGAAAUCCCUACACAAAAUGAAGCAGAUUCAGCAUUCCCAAGAUUGCCUUUAUCUCCUUGUUAAUAUUAGCAUUUUCUACACUAGCAGUCCACAUUUCUUAGCUUCUCUUUUAAACACCUGACUGCUUUCAUAAUGUGCUGCAUGUGUAAAUAAGCCUGCUUUUUCUGUUAGUAGUACCUGUGCCUAUCUCAUAAACUGUGAUCACUA